GAUUCAGGCAGCGCCACGCCUCAGCCCUACAGUGCCGGUAACUUAGCGGAGAGAGAGAGAAAGGAGAAAGAGAAGGCGCGUGGCGUAUCGUUUUGAAGUAUCAACUUGAAUGUGAUUGAAGAGGUGAAGUAAAAGAGAAGACUGGUCAUUGAAGUAUGUCUGAGAAGAGGCGCAAGUGGAAUAAUGCCUACGAGCGGUUUGCCUUUACUGUGCAAACUGGUCCAGAUGGAAUUGAGAAACCACAAUGCUUCAAAUGCAACAAGGUGAUAUGCAACUCAAGCCUGAAAGUGUCCAAAUUGCGAGAGCACUUCGAAACACUUCAUGGGGAAACGGGGAAACCUCGACUCCAAAAGACUAUGCAGCAAAGAGAAUGAGGUUCGAUGCUGGAGUCAAGCUGCUGAGUCAUGGAUUUGUUCCAAUUGAACAACCUAUUCUGGAAGCGUCUUCUCGGCUACCAAGUGAACGGCGUGUGAAAAUGUGUGCACGAAGACUACAAGGAGGGAUUUAGGGGCCCAAAAGAAGUGAAGGAGCCACAACGUUGCGUUCAAUCUGCAGUUGUAAAACAUCACUAAAAUUAUUCAUACGAAGUGGCAAGGGCCUGAGCCCUUCAUAUUAAAGAGGAAAUGGAGGACGAGGAGGUGCACCACAUUAAAGAGGAAGAGGAGCUGAUUUUGAUUAAAAAAGAGGAGGAAGAAUCACAAGGUAGUCAGGCUGAUAUGAUUCAGUCAGCCAGGCAUUUACUUAACUUAUUAACAUCAUCCGAAAGACCUUGGAGUGGAGGAAGCAGUGAUGUCAACAACCACGAUGCCAGGCUACAGAGACAAAAUACACAAAGUGGAAAUGUUCUGCCUCAAACUGAAACACCAUCUGUCCACAUGGAAAUGACCAGGUCAUUUCCUGGAAAAGGAAGAGGAAAAAGAAGAUUUACUCAAACAAACCUUGUAUCUGCAAAGAAGAAGAAGCCACUAGAUAUAAAUUUUUAUUUACUGCCGAGACUCUAUGAAAAGACACCUACAGAAGAAGAGCAGUUCAUCCACAUGAAAGCGGGAUUGGGCCGAAAAACUGCUCAUAUAGAUAAGAGCACAACACAUGAGGAGUUGUGCGAGAGGCUCAAAGUUUUAUUUCCAAAGCUUGGAACAAUUACAGGGGGUUGGCUGCUUUAUAAAUCAGCAGGUGGAUGGGGAAGACGCAAAUUGACCUUGAUUGGCCCUGAAGAUGAUGGUUAUACAGGCACAAUGUUGAAGGUUGCGAGCCGUGGUGUGAAAAACCUAUUCAUAGUUCCAAUUCAAGAACAACUGUGCACGGAUCCUCUUCAGCUGACUGACGAGGCAUUUGCUAAAAUGCCAAAGGCCAUGUGUCACAAAUGCAGAAUAGAUAUCCCCUUGCAUUUUUUGACUGAACACAUAAAGUCUUGCGGUGAGACAGAGCUCACCUCUGACAAAAAUGUGGCUUCUGUCGAUCUUUGUGACCCUGCAGAGAAAAUAUCAAUGCAAGCGUGUCCUGUGUGUGGAGAUAGGUUUCGCAGUGAGGAUAUUGAAGCGCACGCUUCAGCUUGCGGAGAAAGAAGUACAGGACUUCAUUCCAUAGAAGAAGUGAGUGAAAAUAUGCCUGGGCCAUCUACAUCAUAUUCAUCAGACAGUGAUGACUGGUAUACCAUCAGCAAUGUAUCAAAGGCUAUAUCUUGCUGGGCACAACAUUUCCUCCAAAUACAUGCAGCGGAGAACCCUUUACUGCUGAAGAUGGACUUAAGGGAAAGCUGUGCUGAAAACGACAUGGCUCUGAUUUCAUUCUAUAAGCGUCCAAAUGUGCAAUGGGCAUACCCCCUUAAUUGCAGACUUGAAGGAGAUGUUGCUGUGGGACAGGGGGUAACCCGCUUUUUUUUUUCUACCAUACUGGAAAAGUUGAAGUCGGGUUUUUCUAUAAACUUUGGAAACUCCCCUAUGACACGACUUUUCGAAGGAGAACCUGGCCAUUUGGUCCCAUCAGCCUCUCACUUUCUUGUUGAAAGUGACAUGUUCUUAGUGGCUGGUAGAAUGAUUGGCCAUUCUUUCCUUCAUGGAGGACCUCGCCUGUCAGGACUCAGCCCUGCUCUUGUUCAUGUUCUACUGGGUGGCAGUCCUGAAACAGCAACUGUCACCCUGGAGGACUGCCCAGACCUAGACAUCAGAGAAACAAUCAAUCUUCUCGAAGGAGAAUCCAGGCUCUCUGAUUCUCAAAAAGAAAAAGUGCAGAGCUUGGCAUAUUCAUGGGACCUUCCUUGCCCCACAGACAACAAUAGGAAGUGGCUUCUGGAAAAGCUGUUGUUUCAUGCAGUUCUUGGACGUGUCACAAGACAAAUAAAGCAGCUUAGGCGAGGCUUGAAAGAAACCCCAGUAUGGGCACUGGUGACGCGGCGGCCAGAUGCUGUAUCCCUACUCUUUCCAAAAGAGGAAGCAGCCCUGUGUCCAGAGGUGGUACUUCAGAAUAUCACUUGGCCAGAAACAGAUGAUGGAAGUGACGAAGACGACAACUGCUCAAGUGAAACCAAAUCCCACAUUUCAGGAUAUCUUAGACAGUUCAUUACAAACUCCACACCACCUGAGCUAAAAGAUCUCAUGAAAUUCUGGACUGGAUGGGAGACUUUACCAGCACGUCUGUCUGUGGAGAUUGUGCAAAGCAAGUAUCCCACAGCUGCCACUUGCUGUGAAACAUUGCGAAUCCCAAGCCACUACAAGGACUACAAGUCUUUCAAAGAUGAUUUUGUAGUCUGUAUUUCCUCUUGCCAAACUGGCUUUGGUUUGCUCUGAAUGAGCAACCUACCUGUUGAAACCUGAUCUGCAUUUAGGCUAUUGCAAUGUUUACAUUUUGGUAUAUGUGAAACAGCUUUGUUACAAUGACACUGUUCUCUGCUAGAGAAAUCAAAUUUUCUGUUUCUCAGAUCACAUGUUCUUUAGAUAUGGUUGCAUUUUGAACUCAUUUACACAAAACUAGUAGCAUGAUAAUGUUCAGAGGAGAUAUUGCCAUUACACUGUACUGAUUGAUUUAAUGGCAGUUUAAAAUAUGCCAUUGAAAUUUGUUUUUAUGCAACAUUUUAUUGUGAGUGUUAACAUGAGUUUCUAAAUGUUUUAAGUGCAUUUGAAAAUAAAAUACAGAA